AUGAAUAUCUUUCGUUUAUUAGGCGACUUUUCUCAUUUAGCAGCUAUUAUUAUUUUAUUACUUAAGAUCUGGACAACACGUUCAUGUGCUGGUGUAUCUGGUAAAAGUGUUUUACUUUAUGAUCUUGUAUUCAUAUGUCGUUAUUUGGAUUUAUUUAUACAUUAUGUUAGUAUUUAUAAUACAAUAAUGAAAGUAAUUUAUCUUGUUUCAACAACAUUUACACUUUAUUUAAUUUAUAUUAAAUUUAAAACAACAUAUGAUCGUAAUCAUGAUUCAUUUCGUAUUGAAUUAUUAAUAUUACCAACACUUGCACUUGCAUUUGUAUGGAAUAAUGAUUUUUCAGUAUUUGAAAUUCUUUGGACAUUUUCAAUUUAUCUUGAAUCUGUUGCUAUACUUCCUCAAUUAUAUAUGGUUAGUAAAACAGGUGAAGCUGAAACAAUAACAAGUCAUUAUUUAUUUGCAUUGGGUAUAUAUCGAUUUUUAUAUAUUCUGAAUUGGAUUUAUCGUUAUUAUAUGGAAGAUCAUCUUGAUUGGAUUUCUAUUGUAUCUGGUAUUGUUCAAACAGUUCUUUAUUGUGAUUUUUUUUAUCUUUAUAUAACAAGAGUUCUUCGUGGAAGAAAAAUGCGUUUAAGAGAAAAUAUUUAA